AUGGCGAAGAAUCCAAAAGGCUACGAUGCUAUUAUUUACAUUGCAAGGUAUGAAAAUCAGCUAAGUGUUGAAGACGCGCAUGCGAUACAAUUUUUUAAACAAGUCCUUGGAAGUGAUUUCAUGCGUUGUCAUGGGGUAAUUCUCCUUUUUACUAACGGUAACAGUUGCGACACCGAUGCAGAAAAGAUGAAGGAAAAUUUCAAACUUGAAAUGUGGCUGAAAAAGCAAAAUCAAUCAAACAUUAAAUCUCUUAUAAAAGAGUGUGGCUCCCGUAUUAUGCUAUUUAACAAAAGAUGUAAAGGUGAAAAUCCUAAUCAAAGCAUGAUGGAACGAUUGAUACAGUUGAUUGAUGGUCUAAAUAAUGAAGGGAAUAAAUAUACCAUCGACAAAUUUCAAAAAGCUCACAAAGAGACGGAAAAACUGAUUGGAGAAGUUAAAAGACCGCAUCUUAAAGGCGAGCUAUAUAUUAAAAUGUGUCGCAUAACUCAGGAACUGAACGACAUCAGACUCGUCACAUUGGGCGAGGAUCAAGUUCUGAGAAAAUUACUCAAUUUAAAAAGCGAGGCAGAACUUAUUUUUGCUGAGCUUGAAGAAGAAGAUAACGAAACUAGCGCGCUAUGCGUCGCAAUGAAAAUAUUGAACACAUUGCAAAAGUCUAUUAAAGAAAAGCUGAGUCUAUUUAGUUCUUUAUAA